AACAAACUGGUGAAAUGCCAAACAAAUUCACCACAGCAAUUAAAAUUAUUUUUAAAUAUUGCAUUUUUCGCUUUUAUCUACAAUACUCCUCGAAAAAAUAAGCCUACAAAUAUCUAAAAGAACUUACGUAAAGUGCAAUUAGAAGAUAGCAAACAAUCAAACAUGUUCCAACCCGAAACGGAGGAUAUGUUGCCACGAAUGGCACCAAAACCCAGUGGUUCAACAAUGGGCGCCAAUGAGCCUUUGGUACGACCACAAGUACCGGAGGUUUCAAUACUAUUUGGACAACAAACGAACAAUAUGCAAGCCCAGGCACCAAUCAUGCAACAGACGCAGCAAACCACAUCGUACGCCGCAUGGAAGAAGCAAAUGUUGCCAAGGGUAACAUUUCCACCUCCUGUGUCUGUCGGCCAAGAAACAACAUCUAAUCAUGGUGGCACUGUAAACAAUAACCUAAUCCAGGGAGGAUUGAAUGGCCCUAUAAACUCCGUUUAUCCAUUGAGGUCUAUAGCAAAUCCAACAAUUCCUCCCACAUCUACCAAUGGAUACAUUGUCAAUUCGGCCAUUCCGUUCCCCUCAACAUCUACCACAAAUGAAAAUCCAAACAUGUUUAUUGUUGGUAGUGGUAUGGCUGGAACAAAUCCUACAUCAUAUCGGAAGAGCACUGAAAGCUGUGGAAUAUAUCAAACCACAACUCAGCAACAGCCUGUUUAUAGGAAAUCAUUGGAUAUGCCACAAGUUCCGCAGGCCUACAGUAGUUCCAGAGAUGUAUUAACAAUUUGUGCGGGUACACAAACAGAUGGACUUUCCUCCUCCCCUCCCCUCCAACAAGGGGUGCCAAGCAACGUGGCUACUAAACAAGAUGUUGAAGACUUAAAACAAAUUGUACAAGAACUUAGGCAUGAACAACAUUGCCUCAUUCAACUGAUGGAAACCUUUAUAAGGUCACAAGCUAACAAAACUCCAAAUACGGAACGUAAAGAUGUUGCAAUACAAGUGAAUACUGAAAUAAAAGAAGGUUCACCGAUCACCAAUGGCCAUACACCAUUGCCACCAGUAGCAACUAAUAGAAUUGUACAACAACUCAAACAGAGUCCAAAUAUUCUACAAACGCCAAAAGGCAAGCCGGUGGCCCAAUCGACUACCUAUCGGCCAAAUUCACCCCAAUCCAAUCGUCUGCAAGAAUAUCAGCAGCCAGAGGUAACUCCUGCGAUAGCAACUCCUAAUACACAACCUGUAACAAAUUAUGUGGAGUGGAAUAACAACCAACAAUUGGCUGCAAUAUUACCAAAACCAACCACGGACAAAAGUUUAAUGAUGAAUGAAUUGGCUUUGAAAUACUUGCCAAAUGAAAAGCUUGUUGAACUCCUGAAAGAACUAAAUAUGAAUUGUCCUACACCGAAACCUCUUCCAGAUGCUCCUGCACCCUCGACCCCACUACGUAAUAUAGACAACUUUGAACGUAGUCCUUCAGAUAUAUCAAAUGCUUCGUAUAAAUAUCUCAAAAAAUAUCGUUUACUACCCGAAGAUAAUAUUGAGGAUGGUGAAAAUCAAAUUGCCCGCGAAAAUAACUCUCCAGUUAUGAAUCAGCAAACAUAUAGCCCCGCAGUAAGAUCACCUGUUCAGCAGAGACAGAACCCGGUGUAUAUGACGCCCAAGGCAUGUUCACCCUAUCAGCAACAAAUUGGUGGCAAUCGUUUGCCACAAUCACCAUUAGCCAGAAAUGAAACAACGCCAGCAACAAGAAACAACAAUAUGCUUGAUUUGGAAAAUAUCAAACAUCAACCUAAAUUUUUGUAAAAAAAAAUUCUUUAUAGAAUAAAUAAAG